AUGAGUUCGAAACCUCCACCUAAACGGCCAUCUGGUGGGAGACCAAAUGUCCGGAAACUGAUAUCGAAAGAGUCUCUGUCGUCGCUUGCUUCGUUCACUAGCCAUGGACGCGAGACGUCCCAGUCCGAAGUACGUGAAGACUCUGGCAAUCACGCAAAAGCACGACAAGCAACGCUGCCACCUUUGACCGAAGCCCAGGCCGUCAAGGAACCAAAGGCACCAUGGGUGAGCGACGAGCUUGCUUCGUCGCCUGCUCCAACGAAAGAGGACCAUGACCCCUUUGAAGACUAUGCAGUGUCCAUGAACAUGCAGUCUGUGAAGCUGAGGCCUUCAAGAACUGCUACUGCCUCCGAAUCCCUGCCGUCGAUUCCACCGACUGAGAAAAGUACAGCUUCCCAAGAGCUUGGCGAACCACGCUCGUCGUCCUCUUCUCCUCCACCUGCUCCUGUGUCUCCGUCCAAAAUUCGAUGGGAGCAAUUACGACAACAUGUACUUCCAGCUGCAUCUUCUCCUGCGCCCAGCUUCACUUCAUUCUCACAACUAAAUCUGUCUGCUCAUGUUCCUGGCACAUCCCGCCCCUCUACGCCCCGUCCGUCCCGCUUUGCCGCGCGAUUCGGUUUCCGACAGGUUGUAAACGAAGCACGCGAGGUUGCCGACGACUUGACGCGAAGGUUUGCGGAUGACAUUCAAAGAGCUUGUUGGGCGGUUCACUUUGGGGAUUCAAAACCUUCAAAACCGGAGCGAGAGGCAACACAACCUAGCUCGCUAGGGUCAACACUGCACCUCCCGUUUAUGUCCUCUACUUCACUUCCAUUAUCAACCAAUAUGAGUUCAAAUAAUCUUUCGGCGCCGAGUUCAUUUAAACAUGGGCUUCGUGGCAUGACUUCCAUGGCAAAUCUUACUGUACAUGCUGGUUCUCGAACGGGUGCACUUACUAACCUCCAAGCUAUUAUCACUCGCUAUGCUUCCCUUUCGAUGCAGGAGAGGAUGAUAUAUGGAACCUUGCCUUUUGAGAAAGAAAUUCUCUCCGUUCUGCUUAUUGCAUUCCUCGGCCAAAGCAGCAGUCAAAAUGUCGAUGAUGAGAGGCAAGUGUCUAUGGAAAUAUUUGAGACUGUCGCGCGGAGGUGGAGAGCACCGAAUCUAGAAGCAAUGGUUGACCGGUGUCUAUGGUGCUGCAAGGCCGCAGCGGCCCAUCCUUCGAACACAAGAACUCAUAUCCUGCAUUUAUUAAAUGGUAUUUUAACGUCUGAAGAUAAUUUACUGGCAUCACCGUUGGCUCUUCGGACAGUAAUGUCAAAUCUCGCCUUACUGGUUCUACUAUGUCGGAACCCUAGUCAACCUACUUCUAUGCCUUCGGUCGAGAACGCGAACGAUUUAUCGUUUUUGCACGAGCUCAUAAGGCUGAUAUUCUCGGGUGGCUGCGGAGGACUAGAUUUAGAUGAACUGGAACGGAAAUAUCAGGCGUUAGCUCUAAAAUCUGAUUCAGAGGAGGAUCUGAGGCAGGGUUUGUGCAUCGAGGCAAUGGCGGCAUGCCUUGAAGUUGGAAUUGCUGACGAAAGGAAAGAAAGUUUGGGCAUCAUCGAAAAAUUCUGGCCUUUACCGGAUCCAUUAAAAGCAUCAACUCCUUUGCGUUCGAAAGUACACCUGGGCAAAACGAUUGCGUUCCUACGUCCUGUUUUGAACAUGCUACGGGACUCGUUAGGCGCGUCAGAGUCGUCAAGGCUCGAUGAAUUGGAUUACAAGAUUAUCACCCAACUUCUUAUCAGGCGAAUACUGCCUGAGAUGGAGUCGCUGACGUCUUCAGAUGAGCUAGUAGCGGAGACCCGUGACUUAGUUGUCAAAGUUACGUUAGCGCUGCUUGGUUCGGACGUGGAUGAAGAAGGCGCUGAUGAAACCUUUACGGACCUUCGCCAUUCCGAGCUGAAGGGAAUCGUUCUCGACUGGCUUCACGGCAAGGUCACACCUUGGCGGGAAGCUCUACAGAGAGAGCUCAAGAAUCUGGCAUUGAGCAUUGAAUGGAGGAUUGUUGUCCCGAUGAUAACUAGGCUGGUUUCUAUAAUACCCGAAAGCAGCCGCAAGGUUGUUAUUGGUUUAAUGGUCCCGCAACUCCAGGAGCGUAUGGUGGAUGAUCCUCCAUCAUCUUCGUAUGAGCCACUGUCGCGCCUGCUUGCUUCGCUUGCAGCCAUGCAUCCUCAGAUUUUUUAUAAGCCACUCUUCGUGUGUGCCGCGUCUACGAAGGAAGAGACGAUAUCUCGCCAGCUUGCAGUGCUUAUUACACUAGCACAGUUCAUGCCCAAUUUCUGGACGACUGACCCGGAGAUGGUGAGCGUAGCGCUCAUGAGUGAUCCUGGUAGUGGUGCUGUGCCGGGAAAAGGUAAGGCGAAAGAGGGCCGACCACCAACAUGGGGCAAGGCGAGAUUGGGGCAGAGUGUGGUACUAUUGGAAUUGAUUGGGAAGCUCAGGAUUAUAAGAGAGGAUCACAGCAAAAUUCAGGAUGCUGGCAUGGUUUCAGGCGUGCCAAUCGCGAAAGUCCUGAAAUUUGUAUCCACCCUUGAGAGCCGAUUAUCAAUUUUGAUCGACGCGAAGGAGGAAAACCUACUUUUGCCACUGUCUCAGCGCAUUCUAUUCUGUACUCUUUUUCUCGAAAUCAGGCUUCUCACGCGAUCGCUCAAAUCAGCAGCCUGGCUUCCACGGAUUAUUACGUGGGCAAUGCAGUACAGUGAUGAUCCAGAGCUCAGGCCUGCUGCACUUCCCGUCCCAAACGAAGAUCUCCGAGAUGAAAUCGACGAGAUUUGGGAAAGAUUAGAGGUCAUUUAUUCGCUCACGAAGACCUCGAUGAGACCAGCCAGUCAGUGGAGGAACACGUCCGUCGUGUCACCACACGGGGACAAUUCGUUUUCGGAUGGCUCAUCUGAUUCACGACAAAACCUCGUCGAUGCCCGUCUCAGUCUAUUGAGACUUCUGCCAAGAAAUUCCCUUUUUAGCCUACUUGAAUUACUCGUUGCGAUGUCCGGUGCUUUAAAGCACGAGGAUUUCUCUCGCCUUGGACCGCUUGUGUGGGAUAAAUGUUUACAGCUAGGAGAAUCAAAGGCUGUAAUUCAUGCCUGCUUUAUUUGCAUGCAAUGUGCAGAGAAGGCGCAAGACAAGUUCUUGAACCUGUUGCUUGCUCGACUUCAAAGUCCUAGCGCCGCAACUCGUAGGACGACUGUACAAAGACUAAGCAUUUUGUCAAGCUGGCGUUUUCAGCUGCUGUCAGUGACCUAUAUAACGGAUCGAAACUAUCGUCGUCCUUUUAAGCUCGCAAGGCCUGCACUGAAUUUCGUUGCAACCGAUGUGGGCGAUAGCAAAUAUAUCCCAGAUGAUGACCUCGAGGAAUUCACGACAGGGAAAGGGCAAGUGCUCCCUUUGGACAUUCGACGUCGGUUGCACGAGAUUGGAUGGGACGAUGAAGAAAAACCAGUAGACCAACAGCUUGAAUGGCGUAGGACACCAAUGUCUUUGCUAGGCGGUACCCAGCUGGAUCAAAUUUCGAGCUCCGAUACGGUAAAUGACGACAGCCGGUUUUCUGACCAGGCUCUGAGUCCGAGUCCAGCGACAAGCUCUGGCAACUCACCAUCCCCGUCGCCUAGGGGCGAUGGAAAGCUCUUGCGUCGCAACUCAUCCUCGCAGAGUUUUCAUGCUGGAAAACGCAGAUCUGUGUUUGUCCAGUCCCUUGUUGCCAUUUUCGUGCCGCUAGCAAAAUUAGCACUGGAUAGCGACUUCACCAUUGCUUCAGUUGCUCGUGGCUUGCUUAUAGACUAUAUGCGUGACGAUCCCGCCGUAGUUUGCAGACCAGUCAUGGAGAUCCUGUCGGGGAACGUAGAUACCAUCGAUAAUGCGAUGACCACUCUGCGAUCCUUCCUGCAUCUCAGCAGAGUCCUACCUCCUCGUCUUACUCAUCACGUCUUCAACCAUUUGGCUGGAUUCCUGAAGUUUUUGGCGAAAGAUCCUUCUGUACCAGACAGUCUCCGAAAUUUUGCAUGCUCUGUUCCGGUUCUCGCUAAAUUUGCCCCACAAGUCAGUGAGAUGUCCGUGCGAGCCAUUCGGCGAGGAAAGAUCGAGGUUUUCUUGUUUCCCUCCGGUUCAUUGUAUUUCCCCGACUCCGUGCCAUCUGGCCCUAUGUUCCCCAGAGGACUGCACGACGGUGCGAAUCCUUUUGAUAGCUUCCCAAAGUCGUUGGUCCAUUUGACGAUGAUUCGGAUGUCGCAGAACCUUCUUUUUGUCGACUUGCUGAAACGGAGCCCCCAAGAUGUGCAUGUUGUUCGGAAGAGUUGGAUGCCUUUGGCAUUACCAGACAUCGACGGUUUCGUUGACACCAGUGAUGUAAUACCUCGCCGAUUGUCGAAGAAAUUCCUACACGAGAACAGUAGGACUAGUAUUAGACUUUCGCUUUCAUUCUCGAGGACCCAUUUAUUAUUCGUGGCGCAGGUUUUUCGAUGUUUAACAAGACAUCUGAAUAGUAGAGACGAGUUAGCACUAUUCCUUGAUGGAGUUAAUCGUAUACUCUUACGGCAUGGUGAUGACAUUGGGAUAGUGACCCAUGCGCUCAUUGUUUACAUGAUCGCAAGUACUCGCUUUCGACGACUCAUGUCUUCUGGGACAGGGUUCACGCUUUUUCUGCCGGCUCUAAUCAAGGUCUACUGUGAAGCAGAGGGUGACUCCGGUGUCCGAGAAGCCAUUCAAUACGCUGUUCAUCGGUUUUUUGCGGUCCAUGAAGAUGUCUUCGUCUAUCAAGCUUUGCAGGUGGUUUCCAAUCUUGUCACGGAAUCGUCCGCGGAUGGUGCCUGGAUCUCCAGUAACAUGUACCGCCUUUUAUCCACUCUGAAAUCGAGUUCAACGUCAUUAUAUGAUGCCGCGGGAAUCCGGGAUUCCAACAAAACUCAGGAAGAGGAAACUGCCCUGGCUAUUACGGCAGACGAGCGACCCCAGAUGUUUCUGGCGUCCCUGCGCAAGGAAAGCAAGACAGGCGCAGAAAAGCUUCAGAGCUCUCUUUCUGUGGAAAUUUUCGACAGCAAACGUUUCCAUCCAGAUAAUAUUGUCAAGAUGCUUCUGACCGUCAUUGCUCAUGAUCCGACGGUUAAACGAGCUCAAUGCUUCGUACGCUUGUUCCGCCAUCUUGUCCCGGACUUGUACGAGGCAUCUUCUUCCGCACGUAACGUUCUCAAAGAGGCUGUGGAAGCGCUUGGAGCUAUUGUUUCCUCCAAGGCGAACAAAACGAAGGGUGCCGACAACGUAUUUCCGAAACCAAGAGUAACUGAUGCAGCCGACGAGACGUCAAAGGAGAAGAUCAUAGCGUCGGCCAAAGCUGUCGGCAACCCUUUCUCGCCGUGUGAUAUGCAGGUCAUGCGUUCUGACUACUUAUUCAUAUUCUCAUCGUAUGUACAAUGUGGUGGAGCGCACCGAGACGUGGGACUACAUAGGGCACUUGAUAUUGCCAAAACCAUUCUCAAAGAGACAUCGGCACCGCCCGAGUCCGUUGAUUCUGUUCGCCUCUUCCUUGAAAGAAUUGGAGAUUCAUUCGGGAAAAGACAAGAUAUCAAGUAUGCGAUCACAUUGCUCAAGGAGUUCGCGCCGAUCAUACGGGCUCAUGGUAGUAUACUGGAUCUGAGUGGUCUGUUCAAGGGCUUGACAAAAUUAUGCUCUGCUCCAACUUUCGCAAAUGACAAGAAGUUCGCGAACGUCGUCGUGACUCAAAUUUGCUCUGCUGCAUUGGAGGUAUGCGAGUUGGCAGCGCAGGAAAAUGUCCUGUCUACUCUCAAGUUUGUCCCCGCUCUCAUAACGCUUCUUGCUCGCUCAGUAUGCUUGAUUGGGUCCGAUGUUGUAACGGAACUCGAGAGGAGAGAUCCUUCGCCCGCUUUCCUCAGUGGUGUAGUUAUGCCGUUCAUACUGCAACUAUACACUACCGCAGAGCUUGCUACUCAAACACAAUGGACGGACAGCUGGCGUCAGGACGCCCACGCUCGUGCUUGGGUUCGUCUACUCUCAUUCGCUAUGAAUGCUGUUCAGGGUCAGCAAGGUGGGACUACCAGUUCGUCCCGUGGGUCUAUCAGACGAUCUCCUUCGUUCACCAGUGACGUUCCCGACCCUAAUGUUGAAGGAGACCAGGGGCGCGGAUCGUUGAGAAGAGCACGACGACGUCCAUCGGCGCAGAGCGGCAUAGUCGUAUCUGUUCGAUUUGCAUUGGCAUUUGUUACGCUUAAAACUGUAGUCCUACGAGGAGAAGAAGAUAUUUCUACUGUUUUUCCUGGCGCAUGGUUAAGAGUUGCCUCAUUACUUCGAUCCACGCUACGUGAUGGGAACGCAACGUUUGCGCUACGCACCCAGCUUCCUUCGGCGCCGCCGUCCCCUUCCGUAUCUCCCGCGACGAGUACAACUUUCACUGACAUAAUUGAUAAGACGUCUGAAAGGAGACAUAAGCGUUCAUCAUCCUCGACGUCGGAUGCUUACCUAACUGCGCCGUCUGGCCCGUCUCAGCCAUCAUCCCCGACGGUCCCUAAGCGGCGCAAUAGCUCACAACACUUCCCUCGCCCACGUUUUGUGGACUAUCUAGCGUGGUCCCUGUUAGAGUUUCUUUGCCUGCGUAGGUCUCCCCUAUCCAUGCAAAUGAGAACGUACAUGCAUGAGCGGGUAGUUUCUCUUAAUGAGACUCUUCAAAACGAAGAUCCGUUAACGAGUUACGCUGGUUUCGGUGGUUCAGGGAGGAGGAAGAGUUUAAGACCUCUCAGUACGAUGUUCACAAAGCCGCGUUUCAGGCCAAGGUCAACCGCAACCACACCUGAAGCUUCCCCUCGGCUGAGACCAACGGAAGCGUCCAUACCGACGACUGGUACCCUUACUAGCUUACAUAGUAUUCAAGGAACCACCCGAGCAGAUUAUGGUACUCCGUCUCCUAGAAGACUGAAGGGAGGGUCACCAAUAAAACAUCUCGGUAUCUCUACGCCUCCUGCAAACGCAUUCCUCUCUCCAUCGUUUGUUCCAGUAUCAACCUCCGCAGAAUCACAUCUAUCUCAGUCGAGUUCAGCAGAGAACGUUGGACAGACUGAUAUAGUGUUGGACGCACGUCAGGCUCUCGCGAUGACGACACUGGGUUCUCCGGGGCUUGUGAAGCGAACUUACGAACGGAUACGUGUCGUGCAACGCUGCCUUGGCUAUAGCACCUUCCUCCCGAUUCCUGACGCUCUAAUGAAGCAUGUCGAUGUAGUGCCAAAUAAUUUGAAUUUACCCUACUCAAUCGCAGACACUCUAGGGCAGAUGUCUAGUAGAGCAAGUCAGCUCACUGGUUGUAUUACCGACGCCGAGGAACCCGACGUGCACACAUGGACGAGAAGAACGGCUGCAAUGCUGCUGGUGGCAGAAGCACAGGAAUUACUUCGCGCAUGGCAGAUAGAAUUGGCAAUUACUACUUCUGCUUCUGAUUUGGGUCAUGGUGUUGGGACGGUGAACGCUGCGACUAGCGUGGAGGACGAGUUCAAUGCACUAAAUACUCCAAUUGUUCCUACAUGGCAAUGAUUUGUUAUUGUAUAUUGAUUAGUAGAUUAGAUGUACUGUGCUUUCGUAUUCAGCUUCUAUUCUAUAACUGUAUAUGGU